UGCAAAUUCAACGCCGUCAACAUGAGUCUGCGUCUGCCCCUGGUCCGCUCGGCUGCUGUGCAGACUCGUGCAGACAGUGCCACUUCGCCAUGUCGUGAGGUCAGCUAGGACUCACCAUUGCGAACGGCUGCACGAGUUCACUUGUGGCCUACGAUUGCUGACGCGGGGGCCGCAGGUGGCAUUGCCCUCUUCGUGUUUCUGAAGGCUGAAGGCAUUGAGAGUAGCUUGAUUGCUAGGCUGAAACUAUGCAGAUGCGGCAAGCGGGAACAAUGCAGCUCUAACUUGAUCAUUGUUGCGAGCAAGAGCAAUACCGGACGGCCAACGCGUUGCUGGCGGCCCUACAGAGUGGCCCGCCCCUUGGUUCCAGAUCUCCAAGCCCCCAAGUGCCGCGCACAGCCCUGCAUUGCAGCCGCCGCAACCUGACCUGUAGUUGCUCACCUUUCCGGUGUGCCCUUCUUCUGGUGCGCUCGCGGGCAUGGCUGCGUCUGGUGCGUGCGUGGCCGGCCUGGACCUGCUGGCCGGCCCAAUGAUGGGGCCCACCGCCGGCAGUAGCGCUGCGCAAUCCCCUCGCCGCCGCACCAGCUGGCACGGCGACACGCGGGGUGCGGGCAGAGAGGAGCGCGCGGGUCGGCCGCCGCGCAGCCCCGCAGGGCCGGCCCUGGGGCGCAAGAUGUGGGCCCCGCCGCUACCGGAGCGGGGGGGGACAGGCCGCACGCGGCGCAUGAGCACAGGUGGGGUUAGGGCGGAAGUGCCGCAGGUGGAGGCGCAGCGGCCAAUGAUGGACGAGCUGGAGCGCACAGCGGGGCGAGGCAUGGACGAGGGCGCGCACGGAAUUCUGGAUGGAGGGCUGGAGGAGCUGCCAAUCAGGCACGACCUGGCCAUGUGCGUGGGCGUCCACGUGUGCCCGCACCCCGAUAAGGUGGAGAAGGGCGGGGAGGACGCCUACUUUGUGAGCGCGCGCGGCGGCGGGGUGAUUGGCGUGGCGGACGGCGUCAGCGGCGUGGCGGAGGACGGCAUCGACCCCGCGCUGUACUCGCGCGAGCUGAUGGCCCUCGCGCACGCCGCUGCGGAGGCGCUGCCCGCCGCGGCGGAGGACCCGCGCUCCGUGCUGGAGGCGGCGCACGCGGGGGUGCGCGCGGCGGGGGCGUGCACGGCGGUGGUGGCGGCGCUGGAGGGCGGCCCAGGGAAGCUGCGCGUGGCGAACCUGGGGGACAGCGGGCUGCGCGUGCUGCGGGGGGGCCGAGUGUGCUUUGCCACGCCGGUGCUGCAGCACUUCUUCGACUGCCCCUUCCAGUACGGCUCCGAGAGCAGCGACAGCACGGCGGACGCAGAGGCGUUUGAGGUGCAGGUGCAGGCGGGGGACUGCCUGGUCAUGGGCAGCGACGGCCUGUUUGACAACAUGUUCGACCGCGACAUCGAGGCCGUGGUCAGCCUCUUCAACGACACGCCGCACGCCGCCACCACCACCGCGGUGGCGCUGGCCAAUCUGGCCAAGAAGCACUCCAUGGACGCCGACUACGAGUCGCCCUACAUCCUGGAGGCCAUCAAAGAGGGGUACGACGUGCCGUUCUGGAAGAAGAUGCUGGGCCAGAAGCUGACGGGCGGCAAGAAGGACGACAUCACGGUGGUCGUCGCCAACAUCGUGGCCGCACCGCCGCACCCCUCCGCCGAGGAUGACGACGCCGACGCAGCAGCAGCGGAGGACGACACGGGCGAGCAGGCGGCGAGCCCACCCCCCUUGGAAGCGGCGGCAGCAGCCGCAGGGCAGCACGCGGAGGGGGGCGCACACGAGGACGGGCAGCCCGGUGCCGCGGGCUGACGCGCGUGGGAGACGGCCCCUGUACAGAGCAGGCAGACGCGGGCCAGUCUGUCGACAGUGUGUAUGACAUGCGCGGUGUGCUGCAGGACAUGCCCGGGAUGCCUUGGGGUGGCGCUCAUUGGGACCUGCGGCAGCCACAUAUCAUAACGGGUUGUUAGCAAGCUGCUUCCGCUCUUUGGAGCAAGGAGUUGAAUAAUCAAGUAUAUGUCUAAAGGUGAACAAACAACCAGCUUGGGGGAUGUAGGGUAUCCAACUUAACCGGACAUCACACAUUGCACGCAUAUAUGCGCAUCGAGGCAGCAAAUUGAACUUGAAGACCUCAACUAAUACCGGUAGGUUUGCUGUCCAAUUGUGUUUGGUUCACCUGCAAUAGAGUUGAAUAAGGCGUGGAUGCAGACGGUUGAAGUUGGCUGAUUACAAGCCAGCCUGCAGUUCUAAGGUUCGGGUAUGUACAUUCAGACACACGCCGCGCAUGACGCUAUCGACAAUCAAAGCUUUCAACGUGGCA